AUGCUUCAGCCCGCUGAAUUUCGUGACAUCGGGUGGCGGAUAGUGGUCUGUCGCUUACAUGUUGGAGUCCUGGACAUCGCUCCGCCUAUUCCGAGCUCGCGGUGUGACCUGGGGCGUCAGAUGGUGGUUUUCCGAGUAAAUUGGAAACAGCCCUUACAGUCUAUCGUACUCCGACCGGCCUCCAAAUGUUUUUGCAAGUGGCGCCUCUGCGAGCAAGACAUUGGCGCCUUCCUCAUGCUCACCGAUGCAGAUCAAGAAAUUAGCGACAACAGCUGA